AUGCAGAGAAUAUUAGAGAAGAAACACUUCAGAAACAAACAGAAAGAGAUAGAAUACAUUUCGAAGAAAUUGCAAUCUUACGAUUGGAAGACUUACCCUCACAGAUGUCUUCUUAUUUUAGAUGACUUUGCUUCUCAUCCUUUGUUAAAGAAUAGAGAACAAGACAUGUGUCGAAUUCUUAAGAAGCUCAGACACUUUAACAUCUCUGUUGUCAUUUGUGUACAGACAGCAAAGAGUUUAAGUAAGGAUGUUAAAAGAAUACUUACUGAUAUCAUACUUUUCCCUGGAUUGUCCGAAGACGAUUUCAUGGAACUUAUGAAAGAGUCCAUGGCAGGUAAGUUUGACAGACAUGAACUAUGGGAGAAGUACAAAGUCAUACAAGACCCUCAUACUUCUUUCAGAAUUCAUAUCUACGCAAACAAAGUUCAAAUUGUAAAAAGUCAAGCUUGA